CAGCUGGCCAUGGACUCUGUUGAAGACGAAGACGUCCGGUUGCAGCGGGCCUCGGCUGGUCUGCUGUCGACCUUGCGUACGUCUCUUGACAAGGUCCUGUGGAAGUCCUCGAAAAACACGGGGCAACGGCAGCUUCAUCAUGGAGUUAGGCAAAAUGAUCUGAAUCGCCUCAUCUCAUUGAUCGAACCUUUCCAGGAAGAGCCUCAGCUGCUUGACACUCAGCUUAAGCACGUUGUCCCUGCUCUGGUCUCCGCUUACUUGGAGCAUUUGCGCCAGUCAUCAAAAUUGACCGAACAGGCGAAGACUGUCACCGUCUCACUGGCGAUUUGCCGGGUGCUGUAUACGCUGUGUAAGGUGCGAGGUGAGAAAGUCAUUGUUGGCUUCCUCAACAAUGAGCCGCGCUACCUGGAGCCCAUGCUCGACCACUUUGGGGUUGGGCUGAAGUCUGAGUCACUAGCCUGGGAAGAAAAGUAUGUGGCAUUGCUUUGGCUUUCUCACUUGAUGCUUGCUCCUUUUGAUCUUGAGUCUAUCUCUUCCGGCCAGCCAUCUGAAUCUGCGCAGCAGCGGACCGGUAUCGACCUUCCGCAGAAUCUGCCUGGAAUCGUAAACCGCAUUAUUCCGAUAUGUAUUGAGCAUCUAGACUGCGCAACCAGGGAGCGGACUGCAGCUGCCAGUCUCCUUGUACGCCUUUCCCUGAGGCCAGAUAUGCGCAAAAUUGGACUGCUAGAUGCUUUGAGCAAGUGGGCGUUGUCUUUCUUCAGCACUACGAACUCUAAGAUCUCAGGUAUCCAUCGCUGCCUGGGUAUCUUGUCAUUUCUCAGCGGCCUUGUUGCAUCUGCCAACAAGGACGAAUUGGGCUCUUUCAUUACAGACAUCUUCCAAUCAUGCGAGCGUGUCAACCACCAGGACAGUCUUGUCUUUGUCAGGUCGUCCGCGGUUGCGAGAAAGUUCGUUGUAAAGAUCUUCCGCAAUAUUGUCAUUCAUUCCAUACAAUCAGGUUCAGCAGACGAUACGUCUGGGCUCCUCGAAGACGUUAUCGACUUCUUGCUGCAAACUGUGGGGGAUGGGGAUACACCAGUAAGAUAUGCCGCCAGCAAGGCACUGAGCGUGAUAACAAUGAAACUGGAGCCCGAGAUGGGUGUCGAAGUCGUUGAGGCUAUACUUGGUUGUCUGAACGAAGACGUACUCUGGGAAGGGUCGUCCAGGAAUCUGAACGCGGUAAAUCCGCUCCGUUGGCACGGCCUUACCCUCACUCUGUCCCACUUGCUCUAUAGGCGAGCACCUUCCAUCGACCAGCUACCGGACAUCCUAAAUGCUUUGUUGUUGGCUCUCCAUUUCGAGCAGCGCUCUGCUACUGGUGGCUCCAUCGGUACAAACGUGCGGGACGCCGCGUGCUUCGGCAUCUGGGCAUUAUCCAGACGUUAUACUACGAAAGAGCUCUCUAAAGUUCAGACGACUUCAAUUCGCGCCGCCGGUGGGCAUGAUCAAUCGACUUCUAUCCCACAGAUUCUGGCUGUUGAAUUGUUAGUCACUGCUUGUCUGGACCCAGCUGGAAACAUUCGUCGCGGGUCGUCCGCUGCUCUCCAGGAGCUUAUUGGGAGACAUCCGGACACGGUAGAGCAGGGAAUUCCGCUUGUGCAGAUUGUUGAUUUCCACGCAGUUGGGUUGCGUGACCGUGCAAUCAGUGAUGUUGGGUAUCGGGCCGCCCAACUUAGCCAGAUCUACUGGGACCCUCUUUUUGAGGGUCUUCUUGGAUGGAGAGGUGUAGCAUCACUGGACGCUGUAUCGAGGGCUUCUGCCGCGACUGCCAUCGGCCGCUUGAGCAGUCUCCAGCCAUUCCAGGUCGUCCGGACGAUGUUUCAAGAAACUCAAUUGAAGCUCGAGAAACUAAAUGUUAGGGAUGUCGAGGAGCGACAUGGCCUUGUGCUCUCUCUUGCAUCUCUGGUCAAUCAAUGCAGUCAACGGUCCCCUGCCCAUAACACUGGUUCUCAAGGCUCUUCCGCCGGCACAUUGCAAUCAGCAGACAUUUUGGAAGUCGUUGGGUUAUGGAAGCUUUUCGAAGGUCCGCUAGACUUGCAAGAAAGGGCAUUCACGUCUCCCGCACUUCGUCCUGAACUCACUGCUCUUGCUGUCUGCACUCUGAUUUCCGCUCUUGCAGGGAUCAGUAACUGCUUCCAGGAACUUGGCGAUGCGAAUAAUGUGCCGUUUUCUCUUGGAAGUCGUCCGAUCGCCUCUCUUGACCUGUGUCUCGGCCGUACCGAGGAUUCGGUGCUUCGAACUAUCCCCUCGGCUGUCAAACAAAUUGCCACUUUGUUGGACCAAGAGGAACGUACCAAAGCAUUUAAUUCAUGGCUAUCCCUGCUGAGCCAGACCACUGUUCGCACUGGUCUACGUGGCUCAGGUCAAGUCAUGGCGUUGGGUGCGAUAUAUUCAACAAUCGAUGACGGCGUUGAUCGGGCCCGUAUCGUCGACAUGUUGGCCGCUAGGUGCACAAGUCAAGUCGAAGUGGAAGCGCGAGUUGUGGCACUGCAAAGCCUGCAGCUGAUCAUCCAAAGCUCGAUUUCAGAACAAGACACUACCACUAAAGGUAAGGUAGCAGAAGCACUUCAGACUGCACUCAACGAUUAUACUAUCAACGAGCGCGGAGAUGUGGGGUCGUUGGUGCGUCUCGAAGCCCUCAACGCUGUUGACGCCGUAUGGCAGACCCGCCUCCUUGAGGGUUUUGACCAGGAGUCACUGCUACAUGCCGCCGUGGUUCGUCUUUCGUUGGAAAAGCUAGACAAAGUACGCACUCGAGCUGCCACCGUCUUGCAAAACCAUGGGCGCGGCCAUUUUGACACGACUUCUGAACUCGAUACCUCAGGCAUUUCGUCCCAUCUAUAUUUCUCCCAGGCAUUGAAAGCACUUGAUGGCCAAACGCCCCAGCUUCUGCUUCUGGCAGUUAUUGAGGGCUACGUCAGCUCUGCUGGUAUGGGCUCUGAAUCCGUCGUCCAGGCCAGCCGGUUGGCGCUCGCAGAGAAGCUUGUCGGAUUGCCAGUAGAAGCAGAGGAUAAGUUUUCGCAGUUGAACGUCAUCAACGCGCUUUUGGAUGUCUUCAAGGCAAACGUCGUCAAUGACAGGGUUGUAGUGCCACUGCUGGAGACAGUUGCCUUUCUUCUUGAUGCCCAUGUCCUCCAGCGGCUCGUCGGCAGCAGCUUCAAGUGGCGGAACCUUCUGUCAUUAGUGCAAAAGUCGCACUUCAAGUCAAAUAACAUACAGAAGCUGUGUCUUGCUCUUGAUGUCUACCGAGGUCUGGCAGAGAUUCCGGCAAUCAACCAAGACGUCAUUACGAAGCUGUCUAGCAUGCUGUUACAUCCUUUUCCAAUGAUUCGGAUCGGGAGUGCUGAGACCCUCUUCGUGAUCACGGCGAACGCGGAGCUGAAGCACCUUGACUGGUCCCGAUCACCGAAAACGCUCCGCACGAUUGUCGAUGCGAUCAAGGCUAACCAGGCACAAAGUUGAG